UUGGAAUAUUGAAGAUCACAAUAAACUGCAAACUCAAACCAUGACAACUAAACCAUGUCCCUUAAGGAAAAAUAAUAAUUGGUCCCAGUGAUUCAGAAUGUGGUGUUAUUUUCUAGGGGAAAAAGAAAACAAAAACCUGUCUGGCCCUAAGAGAUGUAGUAUAUAUAACUUGCAGUUGAUACACUGAGAUUCAAAUGGUUUUAGGUAUUUGCACAAAAAGUAAUGGGUUGCUUAUUUGACCUAGUAGAUGCUAAGAGACCCUGUACUUUGGCAAACCAGUUCUUGUAGAUAAUUUGAUAGCUUGUUGGAAGAAAACAGGAAUUUUAAACAAUGGCGUUUGAUAUCAGUGUGCUGGUGACAGCUAUCGUUUUUCUAAAUUUUUGGCAAUUAAAUAUCAGUGGUAAUUAUGUAAAAAAAAUCUGUAGUUAAAAGUAACAGGAAGAUGUGUAAAACACGAUAUGAUAUGGUAACACAAUAAGGUAAACCUGCCAAAAGGUUAAAGAAAAAAAGUCUCAUAGACUGAUAAUUUUGAAUGUGUAAACUCUCAUGUUUGCAACAACAGAAAUAUCUAGUUACUUAGUCAUACCAACUGACUUUGUACAUAAGUUGUUGAUUCUUUAAAAAUUUAAAACUUAAAAUAUUCAAAUCUUUUCUUUAUAAUUCUAGAGUAGUCCCAUGGCGAGAUAGGCAGCAAGUGAAUUCAAUAAUAUUUUAAGAAUAAUUCUGCAUAAAUUAGGUAGAUACAUUACAAGAGCUAUGGUGGCACAGUGGUUUGAAUGCAAGGAGUUCAGCCAGGAGUUCAAACCUGACCAGCUCAAGAUUGACUCAGCCUUCCAUCCUUCCGAGGUCAGUAAAAUGAGGACCCAGAUUGUUGUGGGCAAUAUGCUGAUAUUUGUAAACUGCUCAGAGAGUUCUGUACCAGCACUAUGGAGGUGAUGCAAAGUCUGAAGUGCUAUUAUUAUUACAUAUUUUUGUUUCAUUUCACAUCUAAAAGCUUUUUUCUGUAUUUUUAGCAUUAUAUUUUCCAUGUAUUCCUCUAUAACAACAUUAACUACUAAAAUAAACAGUACACACAGUACAAGUGAAUAUAUGAUUAAGUAAGUCCAAACUGGUUUUAAUUAUGCAAUUGUUUUGAAAGGAAAAUAUCAAUUUGAAUGCUAAAAUAGCAACAAAAAAAAUAAGAAAAGUAGUGUUGGAAUUAAGCAUAUUGGUUAACUGUGUACCUCUGGAAAGAUUCCAAAUAAGGUGCUUUAUGAUGACAAUAACUCCUAUUACAAAUUGUUCUUUAGAUACUGGAAUUCAGAGGUAUAAUCAUAUCCUGGAAAAUGGCAAUGGGAAACCACCUGCCUAGAAAAUUAUAUAGUCCUCAGGAAUGAAGCUUUACUCUAAAUUCUGGUAUUUAGAGCCAUGUCACUUUUAAUUAUUCGUAUUCUGAUACUCCUGAGAAUGUUUUGAAUCCUUUAAAAUUAUCUAAAAAGUGAUUCGUUUUAUAAAAAUGAAUUUAUAUGAUUAAAUUAAGUGUUGUAUAAUGUGAAAUAGCUUCUUGAAUUUCCCGCCAUUCACCUUCACCUGAUGAUCUCAGAUUCUGGUAUUAUGAAGAAGAAAACAGAAAGUUGAGAAGCUUAGUAAAAUAAAUGGGGGAAAUGAGUCAUGGGCCUUAUUUUUUUCUUUGAAAGUCGUAAAGAUUAAGGAAUAUACAAAUUAAUCACUUGAGAUGUUUUUAUAUGGGAUGUAGUAUAAAAAUUGUAGAAUAAUAGAAACUCUGAGAAUGAAAUUUUGAGAAUGGGAAAUGUAUGCCUCCUAGGUUAAUUCCUUUUACAACUAAAGGAAGAUGAUCAAGUAUGUUAACUUUGUAUUAAGCUUACUUGAACAGUACUGUGAUCAGCUACAGAAUAAUCAAUUGCAUGACCAAGACAGUUUUCAUACAAAUGUUAAGAAGGCUCUCAAUUAACAGUUUUAAUUGUUUUAUAAACUGAGUGAAGAUUUUUUUCUGGCCAAGAAUAAAAUUGCUUAAAAGCAGCAUUCUGAUUGUUUGCGGUGCUUUUUAUCAAUAUGUUAAAGCUUUGUGGCCUUUAUGAAUAUUAACAGGAUCAGCAUCUCCCUAAUCUAACUUUAAUUGGAAGAUCUGUUCCAUUUGUCAAUUUUUUGAGGUUGAGAUUGGAGAUUGAAUUCAAUUUUCUUGAAACCUUUGCAGUUUUUCCUUUUGUUGUUUUGAUUUCUAACUUGCAAAUCUGUUUCUAAUUAUUCUGUCAUGUGAAUAAACAUCUCUGCUGCUGUUUCUUGUUUUAAGUCUGAUAGAAAGCAUUCACCAUGCAUCCUGGAAGAAUGGAAUAAAUGCUUAUGAUACAACAGUCUCUAUAAUCUACUUUGGUACUGCAUAAUAAUUAUAUCUAAAGCUUAUUGAAACAGUGAUUGGGUGGAACCAAUCCUACUUUUGAGGGGACCCUAACCAUAACUUAGAAGGCCUACCUCUUAAUCCUACUUCUUUGUCAUUAUAUGAAAAUUGAAUCAGAAGUUUGAUGCUUGGCCUGAAUGAAUAGAAUCUUUCUUCACAAGGUGGGUUCUAAUAUAUCAUACAUGGUCAUAUCAGUCAAGUUAAAAUUCCAUGCAAAUUUCUGGUCAGAAUUUGCAAAACAAUUGUGAUUGCAAAUAUGAAUAAUCUUUGAUACCAAAUUCACAUCAUUGAUUAGCAGCUGAAUCAUGUAGCUGACAAAAUAUGUCCAGCUUUUGGGAAUAGGAACUCUGUCCAAAGUAUGCUUGUACUUGUCCAUAUUUUUCUAAAUAUACACAUAAUUCACAGACUAUCAGGAUUAUGGGAAUUUAAUUCAAUGCAUGUAAGAAAUGUUGGUCCCUGUUCAUGUGUAGCAUCAAGUCAAUGCUGGCUUAUAAAUAGUGAAUGGAAUUGCACAAAUCAGAUGAGCAACAUAGUUAAGCUCCAUGAAUGAAUUCAAUCCUUAACUAACAACAGCCCUCAAAUGCUUUCAGUUCCCACUUCAUUAAUGAAUUUGGGUGAGGUGCAAUGCCACAAUAAACAAUCAUGAUGUUCAAUUCCAAUAGAGCAUUAGGAGAAGGAGAUUUGAGAAAGUUACUGAAGAUUUAUCGCACAGAGAUUUCAAUGGCAGUGGAUGAUGUCUUCCCAUUACUUCAUGGGCUUGCUGAUCAUGAAAUUGUCACUGAAGAGAUGUUCAAGGACACUCUCCACCUGAAGGAAACCGAAGGCUGCCACAGGGCUUUUUAUACCAUGUUGACAUGGUUGCUAAAUCAGGAUUUAUCUUCCAUAGAAGAUUUCUGGAGAGUCCUUUUCAAAGAAUACAACUUGGAGAGGUAUUCCAAGCUUCAGUCCAUUUGGAGCAGCUUUCCUAAAGAUAUGGAUUUCAGCAAGCAUCGCAGAACAAAGAAAGUUGCCAUUAGUCCAAAGAUUGUGACUCAGCACAAAUCCCAAGGAAAGAGAAAGAUAGAAGAAAAAGACCCUUUGCAAUUGACUCAGCCUUCAGGGAAAAUUGAUCUGCACCUUGGGUCCCAUCCUAAAACAAAAGCUGUGAAGAAAUCAGAAAAUGCUGAGGUACAACAUUACCCUCUUCCAAGUGGCAAUGCUAAGAAAUUUGUUAAAGUUGGGGAUGAAUGUUAUACAUCAAGCACAUCAGAAGAACUUGGAGAAAAUAAAGCUUAUGAAAAGAAGCCAAGCAUGAAUAACAAAGAACCCCAGAAGAACGAUGAUGAAUGUGCCAUUUGUAGGGAUGGUGGAGAGCUGAUCUGUUGUGAUGGGUGCCCUAAGGCCUUUCAUCUUGGUUGCCUUAUACCACCACUGACAGAAAUUCCAAGUGGGACAUGGAGGUGUGAUUCCUGCUCAUCUGGGAAGGCCAAAGAGGACAAGGGCACUGAAGAGGAGAAGAAUAGAGAGUCUUUUACUCAAAGUCAGGGUGCUGUUUAUGUCCAGAGAACAACUGAAGAUGGGAGGAGAGUUCUUAUCAAAGAACCUCUGUGUGCCUCCUUCAGGCAACCCCUGCCAUCUUUGCUCUCAAUGUCUGUGGCAGCUCCAUCCGCAGUACAGAAUGCUGGAACAGAGAAACAACUGAAAUUAACCAUUGGUGAUAAAUGCGGUAUAUGCUGGAAAGGAGGAGAUGUGGUCUACUGCAAUAAAUGUUUCAGGGCUUUCCACUGGCGCUGCCAUUUUCCUGCCCAUACAGAUGAAAUCAGUGGAAUCCUGAUAUGUAAGUCCUGUUUUGACAACUCUACAGUUAUCAGCUUGGAAGGAGACUCACAUUCCAAUGCUCAAACACUACGAGCAGUAAAGGUGGUAGAAGAUUCUGCUGGAACUGAACCUGCAUUGAACAAAGAUGAUCUGGAUUCACUCUUAGGGGAGAAUACAUUUGAUGGGAUUUUGCAUUGGGCAUUCCAGAGCAUGCCUCGUUCAUUAUCAGGCACCCAAGGAUUUUUCUCAUAGAUGGCACUGUUUUUCAAUAAUAAUAAUAAUAAUAAUAA